AUGGCCCACACUCGAGCCCAAACAGCGGAGCAAAGGACGCUCCCAUCGCCGGCGUCAAAUUAUCAAGGCAGUUCGCGAAAGCGCGCAAGCAGGCGCGCCGAACGCAAUAGUCUACGUUCAACUACACCCAGCGAGACACCGACCCCACAAGUAUGCCCUCUAUCCUUUAGCCGAGGUCGCAAGCGCAAGCACUCAACCCGACACGCACUCGGAGGGGACUCAGUCCUAGACCCAGACCCAGACCCAAAGCGACAUCGGACAUUUCCCCCACGCCCCACAGAAGACGCAUCUGGCGAGCCAGCGAUUGGCAGCGGCGCCCAUAAACACACUGACCCAGUUGCUUUCUGGGUGAAGGAAGGGCGCUGGCCAGAGGAGCAGGACUGGCCGGAAGAGACCUCAGAGACGGAUUUUACCAUGGAUCGUCUACCACUUGCGCGAAAGAAAUCCUCAUCCAAUCUGUCCCGGAAGCGAUCGAACUCUGCCACAUCCACGCCCAGCGACCAGAAGCCGAGGGAGGAGAAGAGCGCGCCAUACCGAGACCAGCGUUAUGAGACCCUGCUCGAGGUCAAAGGCAGCUACAUGACCAAAGCUCCGUUAGGCUUAGCCAGCGCCAGCCAGGCUCUUUGUCGGUCUCUCCUGGAGAAGACGCAGCCAGUUCCCGGCGACACACUUUUCCGUGACGAUGUCUUUGAAACGACAUGCCAGAAGAUACACAACAAAAAUGAGGCGCGAGUAAUUCAAGACAUCAGUCGGCUCAUUGUUCCUUCAGCUGAAAGUCUUGCGACAUUCGGUGCAAAAAACCUUGACAUCCUGACAGAAAGCGUCAACGAAGGGUGGAACAACUCGAUCCCUCUCACCAGCACCCGUCCCCAGCCCGACUACUCCGUUGGGUUCAAACGAGACGCAUUUACUGAGGACCAGCUCGCCAAGCUGUCGCCAUUCAUUGGCGACUUCAUCGCCGGGGACCAAUCCUUCUUCAUGGCCACGUACUAUAUGUACUUCCCGUUCCUAACCUGCGAGGUGAAAUGCGGCGCCGCGGCGCUCGACAUCGCAGACCGGCAGAACGCCCACAGCAUGACCCUUGCGGUGCGGGGCAUCGUCGAGCUCUUCCGUGCUGUCAAGCGCGAGAAUGAGGUUAAUCGGCAGAUCCUCGCCUUCUCCGUCUCCCAUGACCACCGGUCGGUACGGAUCUACGGCCACUACCCGGUGAUAACUGGGAAAGACAUCAAGUACUACCGGCACCCAAUCCAUACUUUCGACUUCACCGCGCUCGACGGAAAGGACAAAUGGACGGCAUAUCGUUUCACGAAAAAUGUCUACGACACAUGGAUGCCAAAGCAUUUCGAGAACAUCUGCUCUGCCAUCGAUCAGUUGCCGUCGGAUUUGGACUUUGAUGUCCCGCCGCUUUCUGAGGCGACCGGGCUUUCCCAGGAUUUAGGAAACCUGAUGCACUCGGGUGCCUGCUCCGCUUCUGCUGGCGAGCACGACAGCCAGUCGAUUGUCGCUGAGCAGCGAGCGGUCACUCCAGACACUUCAUUCAGUGGGGUAGGGGUAGCAAAGAGGAGGAAAGGCCGGACGGAUAGAUAG